UCAGCGGCGGAAGUGGGGCCGCCGUAAGAUCCCCUUCCGCUCGGAGGCGCUGCCAGGGCCCCGGAGCAGACUGCGGCUGGGGCAGAAGACUCCGGCCCGUGGGUGACAUGCAGCAGCUUAUAUUUGUUCGUUCCACUGAGUGGCAGAGAGUAUUGGCUCCAUUUUACAGAUGAAGAAGCUGAGAUUUGACAGCUGUGCCGCUGAGGCCCCGCCCUCCCCGCCUUGAGGUGGGGGCCCACCAGGAUGAACAAGGCGUCCAGGGAUCUGGCCUGUGACUUGGAGCGCAGCCUGCCGGCCGUGGCCUCCCUCAGCUCCUCGCUGUCCCACAAGCAGAGCCUCUCGUCACACUUCCUCCUGCCACCUCCCGAGAAGCGCCAGGCCAUCUCCGAUGUCCGCCGUACCUUCUGUCUCUUUGUCACCUUCGACCUGCUGUUCGUCUCCCUGCUCUGGAUCAUUGAGCUGAACACGAACACGGGUAUUCGGAAGAACUUGGAGCAGGAGAUCAUCCACUACAACUUCAAAACUUCCUUCUUUGACAUCUUUGCCCUGGCCUUCUUCCGCUUCUCUGGGCUGCUCCUGGGCUACGCGGUGCUGCGGCUCCAGCACUGGUGGGUGAUUGCGGUCACCACGCUGGUGUCCAGUGCCUUCCUCAUUGUCAAGGUCAUCCUCUCUGAGCUGCUCAACAAAGGGGCAUUUGGCUACUUGCUCCCCAUCGUCUCCUUCGUCCUCGCCUGGUUGGAGACCUGGUUCCUUGACUUCAAAGUCCUGCCCCAGGAGGCCGAGGAGGAGCGAUGGCGUCUUGCUGCCCAGGCCGCUGUCGCCCAAGGGCCCCUACUGUUCUCUGGAGCUCUGUCCGAGGGCCAGUUCUAUUCACCCCCAGAAUCCUUUGCAGGGUCUGACAAUGAAUCGGAUGAAGAACUUGUUGGGAAGAAAAGCUUCUCUGCCCAGGAGCGGGAGUAUAUCCGCCAGGGGAGGGAGGCCAUGGCCGUGGUGGACCAGAUCUUGGCCCAGGAGGAGAACUGGAAAUUCGAGAAGAAUAAUGAAUAUGGGGACACUGUGUAUACCAUUGAGGUUCCCUUUCACGGCAAGACAUUCAUCCUGAAGGCCUUCCUGCCGUGUCCUGCGGAGCUGGUGUACCAGGAAGUGAUCCUGCAGCCCGAGAGGAUGGUGCUGUGGAACAAGACAGUGACCGCCUGCCAGAUCCUGCAUCGGGUGGAAGACAACACCCUCGUUUCCUACGAUGUGUCUGCAGGGGCUGCGGGCGGUGUGGUCUCCCCACGGGACUUUGUGAAUGUCCGGCGCAUCGAGCGACGCAAAGACAAAUACCUGUCAUCGGGCAUCGCCACCACCCACUGUGCCAAGCCCCCAACGCACAAAUACGUCAGGGGAGAGAACGGUCCUGGGGGCUUCAUAGUGCUCAAGUCAGCCAGUAGCCCCCGCGUCUGCACCUUCAUCUGGAUCCUUAAUACAGAUCUCAAGGGCCGCCUGCCCCGGUACCUCAUCCACCAGAGCCUCGCGGCCACCAUGUUCGAGUUUGCCUUCCACCUUCGGCAGCGCGUCGGAGAAAUGGGAGCCCGAGCAUGAAGAUGCCCCCUCGCCACCCUGCAGGCCAGGGUUCUGGUGCCACAGCCACCAGAGCCAGAGGAGGGGGGGGGCUGCCCACAGAGGACCUGCCUCCCGCAGCAGGAGGAAGAAGUUUCCCCCCACGGCAGCCCCCUGGCCGCAGGCUGCCAGGCUGCACUGUGUCCGGAGCGACGGCCCUGAGCAGGUUGUGGGCUCUGCUGCUGGGGCAAGUGGGGUCCGCCCUGCGUGUGUGCAGCGCGUCCCCGCCUCCUGGGAGAGGAGACCCGCUGGCCCCUGCUGAGCCAGGGGCGGGGUCUGGAACUCGAACCUCAGACUUGAUGAGGGAGGCCAGGGCCCUGGGCAGGACAGAGGCCAGACAGCCUGUCACCGGUGUUCCGGUGCAGGAGCCCCUUCGUUUGCCUGCUCACUGGUCAUGGUUUUUGGGGAUUAUUUAAAGGGUCUGGGACCGUUGUCCACGUGUACUUGUCGGGGAGCGGGCGGCAGGUGGGCAUGGAGGAUGCUGGCCGCGAACCUCUGCCUCUCCCAGCUUCUCUGCCUCCCCUUGGGGCCUCCUUGGGCACUUUUGUAAUUUGAGCCAAUUAAUAACAUGAACUCAAAAGAAAAAAAGCAACUCCUCCAGCCUGGCCUCUUGAGGGAAGGAGCCGGAGCAUCUCACAGGUGGGGCAGGAGUGAGCCACCACCCUCCACCGAGGCCAAGUACCUGACCUGUCCUCACACCCCAGAGCCAGUGGGGACUCGGUUCCUGCCCCCACCCACCCUCCCAGCACACACACACUUUCCUGAAUGGUUCCACCGGGCAGAUGACUGGUUAGAGAGAAAUGCUCCACCCUGCACCCGGCUUCUUGUGAGGGAGGGCCAGGUCAAGGUCUCCGGGCCAGGAUCUGGGAGGAGGUAGGGGAGACCCAGCAGAGCCCACAGCAGGCCUGGGCUGUUCCUGGGGUGCCGGGUCCGACCCGGGGCCUGAAGGUGGGGUCUCAGCUUCCUGGUCACUGAGGCUUCCCGGGGAUCUGCCCCACGCACAUAGCCCCGCUGCCCUGCCGCGCUCACUGGGGGCAGCAUGGAGUCUGGCGAGGCCAGGGCUCCCAGAGGAGCCGGCUUGCCUGGGUUGGGGGAUGCAUCGUGCUCCUGGCUGGCCUGUGACCCUGGGCAAAUCUGUGUCUCAGCCCCCAAUUCUUAACUUUUUGUGAAAAUGGGACUCAUUAUGUCACAGGGCUGUUACAAGGUUAAAAGGUAAUCAAGACUCAGGUGUAGAGCCUUAGUACUCAAGAGUGUGCAGUUCUGCCCCAGGCGGGUGCCAGCUGUCUCCACAAGGUCCCCAUCUCAGCCCCUGUCACUGCCUCUCCUGGCGCCCUUUGCUUCUCCACUCAGCAUUUCACAUUCCUUCUCCCCUCUGCCCACCUCACUGUGUCAGCUUCUUGCACCAAAAUUGCUGCUCUUAGGUGCUGGGCUGUCCCGGCAGCCGCCCUGCUCCCCGUGUACCAGGGCCAGGCCCCGCCCAGGCCAGUCGGAGCUGCCGGGCCCCAGAGCUCUGGUCAGGCCAUCAUGACCGGAAAGUGGGGAAAUGAAGCCCAUGCCUACUUCACAGCUGGUAUGGGCCAGGGCCAGAUCUGCUGCUGACUGUCACUCAUCAGAGCCCCCAGGUUGUCACCUCACCCCACUUGGGGUGUCGGGAGCAGAGCUGGAGGCCACUCCCACACGUACUGGCUGGACUCGGAAGACCACUUCUCUGACCACUGGCCCCAGGGAAGGGAACAGCCAACAAAGGUCCGCACCGGGCUCCCAGGUGUGGGAUGAAGUCCAGGAUCCCUGCUUGAGUGGGGGUGGCCAUGGAGAGCCAGGCCUUUCUAUGCAAGUACCUGAGAAUGUUGUGCUGUCCCUUCCUGCAGAGGGGACAGUCCAGGGGUGUGCCCUUGAAUCCGGGCAGAGGAGAGCAGUGGGAUGGGGGGAACUGACCGCCUGGUGCAGAGCCCAGAGGGGCCUCAGAUCCUACACUUCCCUGCUCGGUUUACAGACAAGCCACUGUCCUCCCUGGGGGCUGGGCGGGGGGGACGGAGAACAGGUGGCAGGGUGGCAGGAGGCUGGGCAUGUGCCUGGUCUCGGACAGUGUCUGAGGAGUGUCAGAUGCUCGGAGGUGUCGCUCUGAAGCCCCCAGCCCCCAGCAGAGGGUCUGGAUCUCUUCAGAAGCUGGCCACCUACUCGGGGCCGGCAGGAGUCCAGGUAUCCCAGCCCCCACCC